CAUAUGCAGGACAGCCUUUCAUCUGAUCUACACUCAGAGAUGGAUGAAGUUGAGAUGGACCUGAAAAACGUCUCCAAGAGGGACCUGAUUGGCGUAUACAAAGACGUGGUACAAGAACGAGAUAAGUUAAAGUCGACGAUGAUUCAGUGUCAAGACCGCGCUUCCCGACGUAUCUCGGAGCUGAAAAAUCAGAUAGCCAUGGAACAGCAGGCAAAGAGAGACCUGGUGGUGAAAGUCAACCAGGAAAUAGAAGACAAAGUAGGGAUAAUAGAACUCUUGAAAGAGAGCAAAGAACAGCAGGCGGCUAUGCUCACUGAUAAAGCACGCGUUGACCAAGAAUUAAGGGAGCUGCAAGCCCAGUUUCAAAAACUGCAGAGUUCCAUCGAGAGUAAAUUACAGCAGCAGGUACAACAGGCACAGGAGAUGAUAGAACAGUUGAAGAAAGACAGACAGAUAGCUAUUGCAGAGAUGAAGCAGCAAGUGCAUGAGGAGAUGGAGAGAAAAGAUGGAGAAAUCUUAAGGUCAAGGUCAGAGGCACAAUCACUUGGUCACGAAAACAUGCAGCUGAAGAAAUGCAUUAAACGGUUGGAGAAAGCUUCAACAAAUCAGUUGGAGAAAGCCCGAGUAAAUCAGUUGGCGAAAGCUCGUGCAAUCUUCAAGCGUUUGAAAGCAGAGAAGUCGGAGGCCAUUGCUAAGAGGAAGUCGAGACUGACGGAGAACAAAAUGAAAGUGGAGAAGGAGAACCUGCAGAAGCAGGGCAAUGAAUUCCAGAAUGGGGUACGAGAAAAUAACCAACUGCAAACGAGACUGGCACAAAGUGAGGAAAAUUUCAGAAAGAUGAAUGAACAACACAACCACACAAUUCUGGAGAGAAGUGAGUUGGAUAUGUUGGUCCAUCAGAUGCAGGUUGAGGCCGAUAGACAGAAAGAGGAAUACGAGAGACCGGUUAGUGAAGCUGGUCACAUGUCAGAUGCUAGUCUUGCCCAGUUGGCUGCGUACCAUGAGAAAGAUGAAGCUGAGAUGCAGACUCAGCCUCAGACCAGUGCGCAGGAGAAGGCUGAAGAACAUGUAGCAGACCAUCAGGAGGUUGUCAGUGGAUACAAGGCUCAGAUAAAGGCUGCUAGUGGAGACCAAGCGAGGGUCAGUGAGUCAGCCAGUCCGGCCACUGAGUUACAGAAGGCUCCGGUAGGGGGGCAAGUGCAGCUGGACAAACUCAUCAUCACACUGAACACUCCCAGAGCAGACCUCUUUCUCAAAGAGCAAGAGCUGGAGCAAAGUAGCAUGGAGUUCAGGACAAAGAUGGUUAAUUAUAGGGCAGGUGCAAAGAAUGGCAAUCAUGAUGUUUUGGCCAGGGAAACCAUUGUGGGUGAGUGUAACCAGUAUCACCUGGAUCUUGAUUUGGAGGACGUAGAUGAUGUGAUCCUCUUAACAAAAACAUGGAAUAAAGGACAUGACAAGACUAGGGAAAUAUGGGAUCCGGGUAUAGUCAAUACGAAGGAGGUUAUAAACAAGGUGGGUGAUCCGGUCUAUAUGCUGGAUAUUUCACACUAGAAGGCGAAAUAAUACAAACUAUCCAUGGUUAAUCCGGUCAAUAUGCUGGAUACUUCACACUAGAAAACGAAAUAAUACAAACUGUCCAUGGGUGAUCCGGUCAAUAUGCUGGAUAAUUCACACUAGAAAGCGAAAUAAUACCAACUAUCCAUGGGUGAUCCGGUCAAUAUGCUGGAUAUCGCACACUAGAAAGUGAAAUAAUACAAACUAUUGGUUAAAUAGAACGGACCGGGGAUGGUGACACGGCUAAUAAUUAUCUUCUUAUCUAUAUAUGCAUACUUACAGAAUUCACACUUUAGCCGUCUUUCACGCUCUGCAUUGUUAAAUGAUCGCAAUCAGUCAACAAUGUGACGGAUAUCAAAAACAUUAAAUACAUGUCACUUAAAUGUCACACACAUAGAACAAGAAACGGAAAAUAAACUGUGUUGUAUCUUAAUAUUAUUUUAUUUAGUUAUUUUCUUGCAUAAGAAUGUGGUCAAAACAAGGAAGCGUGAUCGUUUGAAAAUCUGUCAGGUAACUUAUCUCCCAAGUCAGGAAAUUGACCGACCGACUGGACACUUAGCUGUUGACAGUGAUGUAACCUAUUGUGUGUGUAG